CAUCAGUAGUACUCAGAACAGGAACAAAGAACAAACAGUCAAUUUGUUUAAUGUCAUGUUAAAUGUUCAUGUUACUAAUCUAUUUCAAUUAAAGUCGAAAAGUAUUGAUAAAUUUAAAUAGUGUGUCUAUAACUAUAAAUAUAUAAAAUGGAAGAAUUCUUCAGUGAACUUGAAACGUCAGAAAAACUACUUGUGUUGGUUACAAAAGAAGGAGGAAACCAAUCAGUGCAAGAAAAAAUAGAUAAAUUCCUUAAUCACACAAUAGUGCCCUUUGAAAAACUAUCAUCUCUCUCAAGUGAAUCUGCAAGUGUGAUCUGCUGUGAUAUACCUGAAGAAAAGUAUAACUCUGAAUUAUUUGCACACUUAUUGAAGGUAUUAACCCCAGGUGGUAAACUUUUUGGAAUAAAUGUAUCCAAGAAGGAUAGACUAAAGUUAGAACUUAUCACGAAUGGUUUUAUGAGUGUAAGUAUUUCAAACGACAGUGUCAGUGCUAUAAAGCCCAAAUUCGAAUCGGGCUCAGUUGCCCUGCUCAAAUUGAAGAAAACUCCACCAGCAGUAUGGAAGUUAGAUGACCUAACAGACGAUAUUGAAACAAUAGACCCUGAUGACUUGUUAGACGAAGAAGAUUUGAAGAAGCCCAACCCAAGUUCUUUGAGAGUAUGUAACACAACUGGGAAGCGCAAGGCUUGCAAAGACUGUUCGUGUGGUUUAGCUGAAGAAUUGGAAGGUGAAGUGAAGAAUACUGAGGAAGUCAGCACUAAAGAUGCUCCCAAGUCAUCAUGCGGUAGCUGUUACCUAGGAGAUGCUUUUCGAUGUGCUUCUUGCCCCUAUUUGGGCAUGCCAGCCUUCAAACCGGGAGAGAAAGUUCAGCUACUUGAUAAUCAAUUGCAAGCUGAUGUUUAACUGACACACUUUUCCUUGUUGUUAAUCUAUGGACUUUGAAACAUAGAUCAAUUAUUUAUAUUUUUAUUCAUCUCUGAAAUAAAGCACUUCAAACAGUUUUCUUUGUCAA